CUCAGGCCCCAGCUUUACACCAACCAAGGAUGGAGUAAUGACAUUGUUCUAGAACCUCCAGCUGUUCUAGAAUACUCUAGAACCUCCCAGGUUCACAAAGCAUCCUGAGGCCUUCCUAGCCUAGUUAGGACUAACUCCAACCCCGUCCCUCAGUAGGCCUUAUGUGGAUGCUGGCAGUAGGUGGAGUUUUCUUGGCAGCUGCCCAGGCCUGUAUAUUUUGUCGCCUCCCAGCUCAUGACUUGCCUGGUCGCCUGGCUCAGCUCAGCAGCCAACUGAAGGCCGAGUGGAAGGAAUGGGCUUCCCCAGAUUUCUCAGCCUUUGCCUUAGAUGAGGUGACCAUGAACAAAGUCACAGAGAAGACUCACAGAGUCCUGAGGGUCAUGGAGAUCAAAGGGUCCAUCUCCUCACUCCCUUCAUAUUGGCAAUGGCUUCAAAAGACCAAGAUCCCCCAGUAUACCAGGGAAGCUCUUUGUGCCCCAGCCUGCCCCACGCUCCUUCUGUCUCCUGCAGGGGGCAGCACCAUCCUAUACAACUGUUCCACCUGCGAGGGCACCGAGGCGUCCUGUUGGCCCCGAAAGCGGUGCCUCCCAGGUAGUCACGAUCUGCGGGAAGCCAAGAUUCUGCUGUUCUCUGUCUUUGGAGCUGUCCUGCUUCUGGGUGCUCUGAGCCUCCUGGUGGAGUCCCGACACCUUCAAGCAAAGACACCUCCAAGCAAACCAUGACUUGUGAAAAUGCUUACAGUCUCCCCACUUGCAGUUCUAAGGAAUAUGUGUACCCACAACAUCCAUAUCACUUUGUGGAGAACC